AUGCGUCUCCCUUACGUUCCCAACCCUCCCCCUACCACCACCCCCGAGGACGCGGCCAUCGUAUCCCGCAUCGAAGCCCGCCGCGCCCCCCGGCCCCUCCAAGCCCUCGACCUCACCCUCCUGCACGCCCCUCCCGUCGCCGACGGCUGGAACUCCUUCCUUGGCGCCGUUCGCACCCAGACCACCAUCGGCGCCGACGUGCGCGAGCUCGCCAUCUCCCGCGUCGCCGUCGUCAACAAGGCCUGGUACGAAUGGGGCCACCACGCGCCCCUCGCCGUCAAGGCCGGCGUUCCUACUGCCGGCAUGGACGCCAUCAAGACCGAGGCGCCCUUGGAGCUGAGCGCGAGGCCCGAGGUCCUGAGUGAGCAGCAGUGGGCCGUGUUGGUCUACGCCGAUGAGAUGACGAGAAACGUGAGGGUCAAGGACGAGACCUUUGCGGUGCUCAAGGGCCUGUUCAAUGAGAGGGAGGUUGUCGAGAUUACUACGACGGUUGCGUGCUACAACUGCGUGAGCCGCUUCUUGGUGGCUCUCGAUGUUGGCGAGAGGAACAGCACAGGCCCCGAUGAUGUCGAGCUGCCUAGUCACUAA